AUGGCUGCACAUAUGGACGACAGGGACGUAGACUUAGAAGAAGGCGAAUGCAGUAAUUCUGAUGGAGAACAAACUGAAUUCACCAGUCUACCGUCAGCGCCUUUUGUCCGUAAUAAAAAUGUCAGCGCCCAGAACUCUGGGUAUCACUCAAGAAUUCCACAGAUAAUUAUUAACUCUGAUGAAAGCGAUGAUGGUAGUGAUGAUGACUAUCCAUCCACAUGGAAGAAAGCUCGUAGCCCACAGAGCCGUUGUCAAGUAAAUGGAGGAAAUCCUUCAGAUGUGCCCUUCAUUAACCCACUGCUGGCAGACAAGUCAGGGACGAACACAGCUAGAGCCUAUGGUCAAAGAAGAAGAAAUAAUGUAUGGGGUUCUGUCAUCACUGAACAGGUGUUAUCCCAAGAGGUGAAAAUGUUUGGUGUGGAUAAUUCCGGAGUUCUUGCAGCCACUCGAGAUGUUGAAAGCUAUGAUUUUACCAAAGCUAAAGAGGACGAGCGACCAGAUGUGGAUAUUGAUCCUGAUGAGGUGGACAAUUCCAGAGAUGACAUUUUCGAUGAGGGUGUUGACUUGGAGAAAGAGGUUUUGAAACAUGAAAACCGUAAGCGUAAAAGACAUGUCAAGGAGCGCCUAGGUAAAAGACAAUACAAUAACCAGAAGAGGCCAGCGAUCAAGAUCACUGCUGAUGAUAGUGUUGCCAACAUUGUUGCAGCCAUAACAAAAGGCCUAUCUGAGCCAAAGACUGAGUUAUUCACUCGAAUUGUGGACACAGUUGGGAAAGACCUGGCAAUUAAACUCUUCUACAUGACAGAGGAUGUUGAACAGUGUGGUGGAAUGAUGACAAAUGAUGGGUAUCGGCGCCGUACCCCAGGAGGUGUGUACAUUCAGCUGUUGAAGAAUGAUGCCUCAGUUUCUGCAGAUGUUAUCGAGUCAAUAUUUAGGGAUGACCAACAGGCAUGGAAGGAAAAACUGAAAGAGCAGCGGAAAAUCAAAAAAGCAGGAAAAAGGCGGAAGCGACACACGAUGCGACACAUGGACAUUGACAGACCAGACACCCCGGCCCCAGCUGAAGAUCUGGAAGCAUUGAAUGCUUUAGACAGUGGCAGUGAGUGUGAAAACACAGACCUGCCUGAACGGCCAGCUACCCCAGAACCUAAGGAUGACUCUUCUGAUGGGCCAGAAGAUGAUGAUGUGGAUGAAGAGGAGGAGGAUGAUAUUUCUGUAGCAAUUGCCAAGGCUAGAGCAGCGAUCUUAAAGAAACAAAGAGAGCUGGCUAAGGGAAUUAUAGACAGAGAGAAAUUACUAGGCGACAACUCCAUGCCUUCUUGUAAUGGGAGUGGAGAUGUGUCUGACAGUAGCUUGAAGGACAAUGAAAUGACAGAUAGCGGAAGUGGUGGAAAGCUUCUGUCAAAUAAAAUACGAGACCAUGGGUUAAUUUCUCCUGACAGAUCAAGUGCUGAUGUUGAAAUUGGAGAGAUGGAGGAUCUUUAA